AUGAUCUCUGAUAUCAACUGUAACGUAAACUUUGCAGCCAAGGGGGUGGAUAUGAACGAACCAAUUCUUCCAGUAUCCAUGCCCAGAGGAAACGGUGGUGUGGGAAUCAUUUGGAACACAAAUAUAAAUCAUUUCAUUAGGCCUCUUGACGACGGAUCGGAAAAAAUACAGUGUAUUGAACUUGAGAACUCGGUUAGGCGAAUACUGGUUGUUAGCGUGUAUCUACCAUCAAACGGGAGCAAAAACCAUCAAAUAGAAUAUCAAGAGUGCAUAGACGAACUGCACGAGAUAUGCCAAAAAUACAUCAGUACUCACCACAUUGUUAUAGGUGGAGACAUUAACGAAGACCUUAAUGCUGGAAAACCAACAAACCAGAGAAAGGAGUACCUGAAGAAAUUUAUAAACGAAACUGAAUUGAAAUUUGAUAACAUUGGAAAUACAUUUAUAAACUCGAAGGGGUGUGAAUGCUCUGAAAUUGACUACUUCCUACACAACAUAACACCAGACAUACUAGGGAAGGGAAAGUCAAUCCUCAAAUGCCAAACCAACGCAUCAGACCAUUAUCCAAUCAGUAUGAGUAUAAACUGGGAGCAUGAGAAACUUGAUAUGAACCAAAAAACCCGUCCGAAAUCCAAAAUUAAAUGGGAUAAGGUAGACAAGGAUCUGUAUAAAGCAAUAACAGACAAAGAGGCACUGAAGCUGCAAGAAGCAAUUAUUACAGAUUCAUUAGAGUCACAAGAAGUAGUUGAGCGGAUGAAUGAUAUACUUACAACAGCCUCCCAAAACUCAUCAGGAAAUAAAACAAUUUAUCAAUCAAGACCAAAGCUCAAAGUAUGGAAUAGUGACAUAAAGAACGCCUUAAAGGAAAAACGGUUUACGUACAACGAAUGGCAAAAAGGUGGGAGACCAAACGACCCAGCAAAUCCCCUUACACUCAAGAAAAAGCAAGGAAAAAAGGAAUUUAGGAAAGCAGUACGCAUAGCAGUAGCAAGGCAACUGGAGGCAGAAAAAGAGAGCAUCAUGGAAGCAAGAUCUAAUAACAUGGAGGUCUUCCACAAACUAGUUCAAAAGAACCGCAGGAAGGGAAUUGAACACAUACAGGAUAUACACGUUAAUGGCGCCACAUACUCGGGAGACAAAGUUAUAGAAGGAUUUAAGGAACACUUCUGUACCCUGUCUACACUUAAAGAAGAGGCCUUCAGCAACCCGGAGUACCACUCCCAAGUGGAAAUGGAAAUAAGCAAUAUCUGCAAACUGGUAGACCAAGAAACGAUACGCCCUGUCAUAGAAAAUGAUGUCCGUAAAGCUAUUUCUACAAUAAAUAGAAACAAAUCCGCAGACUACCAUAAUAUAACCAUCGAACAUUUCAUAUAUGCUGGAGAUAAUAUCUUAUCCGCCCUUACUCAACUCAUCAACAUCAUAUUCUCAGAAGGAGAUACCAACAAUUCUGAAAAUAGGACUGCUUUCUCCUGUAUUUAA